GUCGCGCCCGAGUUACAACGACGUAGCUUCGAGGAUCUCGUCUGGAGACAUUCGUGCCGUACAAACUCGAUAUAUUGCCCGAGGAUGUCCGGUUAUUGGACAUCCACUAACGAGCACCACGUAACGGAUGGAAAGUUUAUUGGAAAGUGGCUUCCGCCGUCACUAGCUACUGUGAAUGGUUGCAAAGUUACAGAGGGGACGUCGCGGCGACCCGCGUUAUUGCAAAUUUUCAUAAUCAAAUUGGCUGCCUCUAUCGUUUAUCGGACGAGCUGUUAAAAGUAACUUCCUGCUAAUUAAAACAGUUUCCAAGGGGCAAUAGAGCUGAAUAUUUCCUUUCUCAAUUUCUUUUUCGAAUCUUUUUCUCUUUUUCUGUUUUUCGCACUUUGAUGGAUCGAUAGUUUACGCUGUCAUGUUGUUUUUUACAGUCGACGAGUGAUAUAGUUAAAUAUUUUUCUGAUUACCUUUUUAAAUCUUUUUAGAUGGAUUAA